AUGAAAUUGGGAGAAACGCAUGCUGACACAGUAAAAACGUUCAAGGACAUUGGCGAUGUCUUUUUUGAAGAAAAGAACUUCGAAAAAGCCGAAGGAAUGUACAGGAAAGCUCUGGAUAUCAUGGACGACUUGCCACCAGACUCAGCUGAUCUGAUGCAUGUCAGCCAACCACUAAUGGUGUCAUUGCAAAUUCAAGGCAAGUUGUCAGAAGCAAUCAAGAUCCAAAAAGAUGUACUUUCGAAACUACUGCAAAUGCAUGGGGAAGACCACUUCCAAGUUGCUACGAUAUAUAUUGGUAUUGCAAAUCUGUUGGAAGAUCAAAAUAGACUGGACGAUGCUCUUCAGAUGCUUGAGAAAAGCAUCGAAACUUGCUCUCGACUACAAGGAAUGGAAGACUUCGACAGAACUAUAUUGGGACUAUCGCUCGACACCAAAGCACGACUAUUGCAAAAACAAGGUGACUUCGAAGGUGCCAUAGAGAUACUUAACAACGUGGUAGUGAUAUACAAGGAAACGCUAGGUGAAAUGAAUUUGUCAACAGCAGAUGCCUACGAAACUCUUUCUAAAGCAUACUUGGAACAAGAAAUGAUGGAUUCUUGCAUCAAUGCUAUCACAAAGACUUUGGAGAUUCGUCGAAAUUUGCUUGGCGAUGAUCAUCCCAGCACACUGCAGCUCUUGGUAACUGUUGAAGUGCUAAAGCGCGACAAGGUUGCGAAAGCACUGAACGAACAGGGACUGACAAUGAAGGCGCAAGGCGAUUCGGACAAAGCGAUACAAUUCUUCCAAGAGGCGUUGGAUAUCUACAUGAAAACCUUUGCUGAUCAUCCCAGUGCGAUAACGGUCUACGAGAAUCUUUCGGCUGUCAAAGUUGAACAGGGUUUGCUUGAAGAUGGUAUUGCGGCGAGUGCAGAAGCCCUCAAGAUUCUUCGAAGAAGCCGUGGAGACGAUCAUGAUGCCACGAAAAUUCGUAUGGACGCGCAUAGAUCUUUGCUGAAACGCCUCCUGGAGAAUCGGAGCUAUUGUGACGGCCCACGAUACAUUUUCAAGCGCGGCAAAAAUGCGAAAGUACUGAACGAACAGGGGCUGGCAAUGAAGGCGCAAGGCGAUUCGGAAAAAGCGAUACAAUUCUUCCAAGAGGCGGUGGAUGUCUACAACGAAACCUACAGUAUGCCGAUCAUCCCGGUGUGA